GCAGUAUAGCUUCAUGCUGGGGAAAGGCAUGCAGAUGCAAUGUUUACUUGUUUACUUACUUUUUAAUUUAUGUAACAUUUGAAUUACAAAUUUUUUAGGAUUUGUAGGAUUAGGAAAGUCUGUCCUAUCUUGUCUCCCAACUAAAAACAAAACUGUAAGAAAUUAAUGUCAGCGAGACAAGUCGCCUGUCAGCUUUGAUAUUUUUAUUUUGAAAAGCGGAAUCGGAGUAUAAGCGUUGAGGAAACGGUGCUUGCGUCCGAACAGCGCAUGUUAGCUGCUAACUAAAACAAAACAACUUAACACCUAAUUUUCGGCGCCACAAGAGGCACAGUGCACCCAUGGAGGUUCUCGACUUUGCAGAGAAAACAAACGAUCCAAGCCUGUCUCUCUCAUCCCUCCAACUCCUGGUGCCACCUCUGCAGCUUCUGUCUGCCUCCAUGUGGCAGCUGGUGAAGCAGAAAGAUGUGAUGAACUACCAGAAGCUGCAGGAGUUCGUGUUCACAGUGACAGAGGCGAUUCCUGGUCUGAUCAGCCACAGGCAGAGAGCCCAGCUCAUCCUCGGACUCAGAGCGAGGUUGAUACUGGAGCUUUGCAAAGGCUCGACACGCGGUUCUGUUGAUUCUCAAGCAAUCCAGAGCCAUUUGGACAGACUCCCAGUAACCUCUGAAAACACAGAUUAUAGGGAUGCAGAGGUGAAAACAACAGAGUCUACUUUUGUCGCUCUGGUUCAAAGUCUGCUGAAAGAUCCAAUUGAGAGGGCAUAUUUUUUUCAGGAAGUGUUUCCAGUGGAAUACGGUCCACAGUAUGACUCAGCACUAAAUAUGUUAUUAUGGAAUCUGCUCUCCAAGCUGGAAAAGUUGCUUCCAGUACCAGACCUAAAGCAGACUGUAGCCUGGCUGGACUCAGCUCCUUCUGUUUUGGGGGAAUGCAUUCAGUUGUCAACUGAAGAUCUGAGCUUUAUCUACCAGCACUACAAAAGUUCAGGACUACUGAAAAUGGCAUACGGUCCUUCUUCCACUGCUGGUAACUCCAUCAUGUCUGCAUUAUCAAUCCCUCCCUCACAAAAGACAAACGUAUCAGUUGGACUGGAUGCCAUCCAUAACUACGCUAACGUAUUGAACCCAGUCACUUUAGUGGGAACCGACCAGUACAGCGUGGUCACCGUUUACACUGAAGUGGAAGUCGGAGCAGCUGAGGUGGAUGAGCAAAUGAUGGAGUCGGCUGCAGUUCAAGUUCAGACAGAUUUCUAUGAAGAGGAGAUAGUGGCUGUAAGUGCUGAUAGCGCUGGCGACGAAGAGGCUCCUGCUGUGAGGGCUGAAGAAACGAGUGAGACUGUGGAUGUAGCGAAAGCUUUGGAGACUUUGACGAGAACCUUUGCAUUAAGGGGGCAAGACGUACUUACAGAAAAGAACAACCAGUCAUCCAUAAAUGACGAUCUUGAACCAGGAAAGGGAACAGAUGAAGGAAAAAGCCAUGAAGGGCUUGAAAUAAGUGACCAAGUGACUAAAGGGAAACGGGAAGUCAUUGCAGAAGAAGUGACAGAUGAGUUCCAGCUUGGAGGCAUAGAGAGAAAUAUAUGCGCAGACCUGAAAGAUAAUUCAUUUUCUGCUCAAGAAAUAGCAGAAAUCCAGACCGAAAUGUCGGAAGCACAGGAGUCUGACACGUCAGGAAACAUGCGCAGAUCCACACGUCUGCAACUAAAGACUUCGCCGAGUUGCAACGAGACGUGUAAAAUAAAAAGGACAAGAGAAAAUCCUGAAGAACCAAAAAUGAGCACUGCUGAUGGAUCAGCUGCCCCUUCUGUGAUAGCCAUCAAAGGAUCUGACAAAGGAGAUUCACACGAGAUGACGUCUAUCAUCUUCACCUGCUCGCAGUGUCCUUUCCAUAACUCGGAUGAAAACAGUCCUCCACACUUCCACAUGCAGAGCGUUUGCAAAGAAGCAUACAGGACUCUCUCAGGAGUUAAAUUUACACCAUCCCCCUCCAGCACAGAUGAAAUAUUUACAUCUAUUAAACUUUUUCCCAGAGGAAACUCUGAGGAGAGAAAAGCAGAGCAGCCAGAGCAAAGCAGAGAGAGUGUUUCUCAGUUGCACGGCCGUCAGAGAUCACUCACAUGCGAAACAUGCGGUAAGACGUUCACCCGGACAUCGGAUGUCAGGAGACACCAGCUCACUCACACGGGAGAGAGACCGUUUCACUGCUCGCAGUGUGACCGAACCUUCCAGCACUCGUGGGAUCUGGCGAAGCACGAGAGCAAACAUCACGGCGUAGCCAUCUCCUUCACCUGCCAGGUAUGCAGGAGCUCCUUCGCUAACCUGAGGGCGUUGACUGUCCACCAUAAAAAGUCUCACUCGCAGGAGAGCCAGCUGCCUCAAAUGUGCUCCAUCUGCAGUCAGAGUUUCCCGACUCCGUCUGAGCUGCUGGAGCACAGGAAGUCCCACGUCACCGCUAAACGCUACAUCUGCCAGCAGUGCGGCGAAGGCUUCGACACCCUACUCGCACGCUCUCAGCACAGGCAGAUGCAUCAGGUGAAGCGUCAGUUUAAAUGUCCACAUUGUGAGAAGACGUACACUCGGAGGUCUGACGUUAAGAGACAUCUGUCCACCCAUACUGGGGAGCGACCCUACCAGUGCAACCAGUGCAGCAAACGAUUCUCGCUGCGCUUCAUGCUCAUCAAACACCUCCGUGUUCACACGGGUGAGCGCCCUUUCCAGUGCUCCCACUGCCCAAAGAGGUUCACCUUGGUGUCUGUGCUGGCCAGACAUGAGAGGAUGCACACCGGGGAGAAACCCUUCCUCUGUUCUCAGUGCGGGAAAGGCUUUUUGUCACAGGGCGAGCUCUCAAAACAUCACAGGUCACACGUGGACGACAGGCCGUACUCCUGCCCUCAGUGCGGGAAGCGCUUUAAGAGCAAGAAAACACAGCAAGAGCACAUCGUCUCACACACUGGGGCCCGCCCCUACCCCUGCACUUACUGCGGGAAGGGCUUCACCAAACCCUACGCCCUCACCAGACACAACCUGAUCCACACAGGAGAGAGGCCAUUCCCCUGUGGACACUGUGAGAAGUCCUUCCUCACCCUCAGUGAGGCUCAGUUGCAUCAGAGAAUCCACACGGGGGAACGCCCGUAUCCCUGCAACACAUGCGAGCUGAAGUUCAAGAGCUCAUCCGAGCUGGCACGACACAAACGCAGCCAUUCUGGCUUAAAGCGGGUGAAGCCGCGCUGCGAGCGGUGCAUGAUGACGUUCGCAUCUAAGGCCAAACUGAAAAAACACAUGGAGACACAUAGAGACGAAGGAGACACAGUGCAGUCUGUAGAGACCAAGGAAUGAAACUUGUAACAGAAACUCCCAGAGGUUAAAUAAGUAGGGUGGGGAAGGAGAAGGAAUAUUUUGUUUAGAUGUUUAGAUUUAUAUAAUUGGAGAAAAUAUAUUUUAUGCAGAUCAGGAGCGAAACAGGCCCUCAGCUUGUCAGCAAAUUGGAUUAAAAAAAAAAAAAAUUAUAUUGGCAGUUUUACUCUUUUCACUUCACAACAAGGAAAUCAUAUUCAAAAUACUUUCAAACGGAAGAUGAACAAAAACUGCUCCUGUAGUGGACUUUUUCACUGCAUGUACUGCCUUUUUCCUUCUUUGUGUUGCCAUUGUACUAUUGCCCACCUGAAACCAAAGAUACUACCAGCAGGUAGUAAAGAAAGGAAAAACAUGAUUUUCUAGACUUCUUGGAGAACUGUUGUCAUCAAACAUUAAAAUGAGCAUCAUGCAAUAAAUCAUCCUUUUAUGAUGUG